AUGGGGGUGCAGGAUAUUUUAUACUCUAAUGAUGGGGGAACGACAUGGAGAUCCGAAUUUGUGGUUGAUGGGAAUUUUAGCGUGGCGAAACUCUGGAGUCGAUUGGAUAGAGCAUCACAUCCAAUCAGUGAUGGGGACUUCUGGUGGCUAAAUUCAGUCCCUAAAAAAGUGGUGAGCUUUAUAUGGCGGGCGAAGCAGGGACGGAUACCUUCGGCAGAGGCAUUACAAAAGAGAAACAUUCCCGUCUCCUCCAUAUUGUGUGGGCUGUGCAGGAACAAAGAGGAGUCGGUAGACCACAUCCUCACCUCAUGUACCUUGGCGAGAGAUACGAUAAAUAUGGUGUUAAAUUGGUGUGACAUUCCCGUCAAUGAGUUUACAGGAGUAAAUGAAGUGCUUGCCUUCGCCCGUAAUUGGGGCCAUUGUCCUAAAAAGAAAGAGUUGUUGGCUUGUAUAUUAUAUGGAACAUUGUGGAACCUUUGGAAGGAUAGAAAUGAUCGACUAUUCAGAGGUGUGAUUUCGAAACCGGCGAAGAUUGUGGACACUAUUAGGGCUACUGUAUUCAAUUGGAGGAAAUAUAGGAAGAAACCAGGGGAAUGUAAUGAUUGGGUUAAGUGGUGUAUGUCACCAUUAAGUUGUUCAUAA